AUGCUGAGAGCUGCCCUUGUUGCCGCCGGCAAGGCGAGUAUAGGCGCGCACAGCGCCCUACAGACGGUCCAGACCGUCUGGUGGGCCACCCUGCGUCCUCAACUUGGCCAUAUUCGUACGGAGCGCUUCCAGAAUGACCGCGCAGACGCUGCCUUCUCUGUCUUCUCUUCCACCUACCAUCUCCUCCUCGCCCUCCUGACGACCCUUUUGCGCUCCGACGAAACAGCCCUACGCUCUCUGUCACUACCGCAUCCCCCAUACGGUGCACCCUUUGCCUUCUACGGCCUACCCACGCCACAGAUGACCGUCCAACUAUACAUCAUCUUGCACAAAACCCACAAACCCAAGACGUACGAAUGGUCCCUCGUACCACAUAUCGCCGGCGUGCCGCUGCCCGGCCUUAGGCCCAUCAGCCACUACGAGAUCACGAAAGGAAGGCGGAGGACACAUUCCGACUGCAGCUGGGUCGUCACCGUCCAGCAACGCAUCUUUCACACCUCGCAUCGCUUCCUCGGCGUCCUCGCACUUCCCCCAUGCGACGAGUCAACCACGAUUGGCGACAUCGAGGAGAUCUUCAGACAAGCAGCGCCCAUGCCGUGGAAUCUACCGGCAGAGGAGCGACGGCGGUGGACAUGUGCCAAGUGGAUAGUCGACAUUCUCGUGGAGUGGGGUCCGCUGUGGGGACUCAACUUCAUCAGCAAGUUCGAGAACCGCGAUGUGCUGCUUAGCCUCCUCAGCGCCCUGUCUACUUGGCUGGAGGAGGAUGUACGGCAUGAGCGCGUAUCCACCGGUGAUGGCUACGAAUAUUCUUGCGUCCGCUGUCCCGACUUUCUCCUCCGGCCAUCAAAUACGGACAUAGACAUCCGCCGGUGUCUACCAGCGAGGCCAGCGCUGGCUCCGCCUCGGGCGGCACCCGCGGUCGCGGAGGCGAGGUAG